AUGUCAAAGAAGGACGCCGUUCUAUACCCUCGCAUCUCCAAGCGAGGCCCCUUCACCAUCGAAGCUCCCGGCUAUGAACCCGUAAAGGGAGAAACCAUUCCGCGUCGACAUCCAACCGCUAAAGAUGGCCUUAAGCGCAGCCCAGAUCCAGAGAUUGCUACCCUGUACGACAAUCUGCGAUGGAGCGCGAAGAAAUACGGAAACAAGAAGGCGGUUGGCUCACGAAAACUCAUCAAAACGCACGUCGAGACCAGGAAGGUAAAAAAGCUUAUCGAUGGCGUCGAGCAGGAGGUCGACAAGGAUUGGACGUAUUACGAGUACAGUGGCUAUACGUUCAUGUCCUACACUGAGUUCGAAACUCUGGCGCUGCAGAUGGGCGCUGGGCUACGAAAGCUCGGCCAUGAGAAAGACAGCCGCGUUCAUCUCUUCAGUGCGACAAGUGCCCAUUGGCUUUCUCUAGCUCUUGGUGCCGGAUCGCAGUCUAUUACUAUUGUUACCGCCUAUGACUCCUUGGGUGAAGAUGGCCUCAAACACUCGCUCCUCGAAACCCAUAGUUCCACCAUCUUCCUCGACCCACAUCUAAUUCCCGUGAUAACGAACGUGUUGAAGGAUGCAAAAGACAUCAAGCAUGUCAUUUAUGACACGUCUAGUGAAGUGAAGCCAGAACAUCUUGAGAAGCUGAAAACUGAAUUUCCCCACGUGACAUCUAUGUCCUUCGAAGAUUUGAGGAAACUCGGAGAGGAUAACCUAGUAGAGCCCGUUCCUCCUUCCCGAGAUGACCUCUGUUGCAUUAUGUAUACAUCUGGCUCCACUGGACCCCCUAAAGGUGUUCCUUUGAGACACCGAAAUGUCGUUGCAGCCAUGGCUGGAGCCGAUACUGUUGUUGGGGAACAUCUUGGCCCAAACGAUACCCUUCUUACGUAUCUUCCACAGGCCCAUAUUCUGGAGUUUGUAUUCGAAAAUAUUUGUUUGUUCUGGGGCGGUACUAUGGGUUAUGGAAGCCCAAAAACACUCUCAGACACCUCCAUGCGAAAUUGCAAAGGUGACAUCAAGGAGUUGAAGCCGACCAUUCUUGUUGGCGUCCCAAUGGUUUGGGAAAGCGUCAAGAAAGGCAUUUUGGGCAAUGUUAACAAGAGCAGCGCCAUCAUUAAGGCCCUCUUUUGGGGAGGCCUUGCAACCAAGUCAUUUUUAAUGUCCACCGGUCUACCCGGUGCGGGCAUAAUAGACGCCAUUGUCUUCAAGAAAUUGAAGGAAGCUACCGGUGGCAGACUCCGGCUUAUGCUGACGGGUGGUGGUCCUAUCUCAAAAGACACCCAGCGUUUCCUUUCCAUGUCGAUCUGCCCCAUGAUUGGCGGUUACGGGUUGACUGAAACCUCUGCUAUGGGUGGUCUCAAUGACCCUAUGACAUGGAAUGCUGAUGCCAUUGGUGAGAUCCCUGCAUCUGUCGAAAUCAAGCUUGUCGACUUCCUUGAUGCCGGGUACUCCACCGCAAAUAACCCCCCGCAGGGUGAGAUUUGGAUUCGAGGAGAGAGUGUCGCGGAGUGUUAUUUUGAAAAUGAAAACGAGACCAAGGCUGCCUUCUCCGAUGGCUGGUUCAUGACCGGUGAUAUUGGCGAGUUCGAUAAACACGGUCAUAUCAAGAUUAUCGACCGCAAGAAGAAUCUGGUCAAGUCGCUGAAUGGAGAGUACAUUGCUCUUGAAAAACUAGAGUCGAUCUAUCGAUCGGCGCAUAUUGUUGCGAACAUCUGCAUCUACGCCGCCCCUGAUCAAUCCAAACCUGUUGCCAUUAUCGUUCCCGCCGAACCAGCACUUCACCAGCUUGCGAAAGAUAAUGGAAUCGAGGGAGACAGCAUCGGUACCCUUGUCCAUAAUGCCAAGCUGAACUCUAUUAUUCUUAGAGAAAUGCAAGCCGCCGGCAGAGCUGGUGGUCUCCGCCCAUUUGAAAUCAUCGAAGGCGUCGUGCUCUCGGACGAAGAAUGGACCCCUCAAAAUGGCUUUACAACAGCCGCUCAGAAGCUGCAACGCAGGAAGAUCGUCUCAAAAUUCCAAAAAGACAUUGACCAUGCCUAUGGCAAGUCCUAG